AUGUCGGUUUUUGGAUACCUCAUAAAUACAAGCAUUACAGGCAAUCAGUUUGAAGGCGCUGCCGAGAUAUUAAACAGACUUUUAUUCAUCUAUCAAAGUCUUUUCACAUCUAUCUAUCUAUCUAUCUAUCUAUCUAUCUAUCUAUCUAUCUAUCUAUCUAUCAGUCUGUUCGUUUCUAUCUAUCUAUCUAUCUAUCUAUCUAUCAGUCUGUUCGUUUCUAUCUAUCUAUCUAUCUAUCUAUCUCAGUGUGUUCAUAUCUAUCUUAGUCUGUUCAUAUCUAUCUCAGUCUGUUCUUUCUAUCUAUCUAUCUAUCGCAUUCUUUUAUAUACAAGAGAAGCACUCCACAUCAAACAUCUGGCACAAAGUAUUAAUCUCACUAUAUUUAAGGACAUAAAUAACGUGCUAACGCUUUUUUUAAUAGACAAUAGCCUCCUCCAUAUCCAGCCACGUUCUUUUCCAAAUAAAUGCCCCCGAGAAAUGUAUAAACAUCUCUUCUUCCUCCGGCUAUAG